AUGCAGCAGCAGCGUCACCUGCAGCGCAAACUCAUGACGGAGACCGUGCGGGGAAUGGGGGCUCCACUGCUACUGUUGGGGGGCAGACAGGCGAUGCGGAGGGAGGCGGAAGUCGGGGACCAUCGGCAGAGGGUCCUCGGGAAGUUACAACUCCAUCGGUUGGCACUGCGGCUUCGCCAAUACAGACGACAGGCAGGGCAGCAGAUGGCCCACCACCACCACCACCCGCAGCCCGAGUGCUGGGAGCCACGCGGACAGCAGUGUCGCCAUCGCCGCUGCGUGGGUGCGUGCCCCACUGCUGCUGCUGCUGAUCACGGCCUUCUUUGCCUGUGCCGGUGGGUAAGUGGUGAGAAGCAACCGCAGACACGCACACCCUGGCAGGGGCGACGCGUACGCUUUGUGUGCUCAUUUUGCUUGUCGUCCCUGUGGGUCAACGUCUCUCUCUCUUCCAGGCUCUGA